AUGAACAAUGUUCUCCACACUCUCAACUUUGGGGUGGUAGGUGAUGCAACAUAUAAUGCCUUGUGGAGAAUCAGAAAUGGAGAGUUGGCCCACAUCAGCCCAAUGGUUGUGGUGCUGUGGGUGGGCACCCAUAAUCACGGUCACACUGCAGAACAGAUCUGUGGAGGCAUUAUGGCCAUAGUCCAACUCAUCAAGGACAAGCUGCCGAAGGCUUACACUCUCGUACUGGGAGUGCUACCCAGGGGUAAGAUGAGGAACGCCCAGGUCAACAAGCUGGUCAAGGAGACCGUGUCCUCUCUCCCCCAUGCCUCCCUCCUCAACGUGGACCCUGGCUUUGUGCACUCGGAUGGCAGCAUCUCCCACCAGGACCUGUAUGACUUCCUCCACCUCACCCCUCAGGGCUACCAGGCUGUGUGCCAGCCGCUACACGCCCACCUCAAGGGCCUGCUGGAGAAAUAGGCUGAAAACUGAAGACCAACUGAUGGAGAACUGAUGGCCAGUGACCCAAUGACCCCCUCACUACA